ACGUGCGGUUUCCUUUCAAAUUGUCCACUUGUGUGACCAUUCCUGAAUUUUUUUUAAAACCCAGUUUUUAAAUUUCUGAUACAUUUACCAACUUGGUUAAUUUUUUGCAGUAACUAUAAUUAUUAAAAUAAAUCCUAAAGAUAUGCUGGCGUUCCACAAGCUCAUUUUGGUGAUAUCAUUUGGAAUGCUGGGGUUUCUUGCUUUAUACGGACAAGUGACGCAGCAGGUAGCAAGAGAGAUGCAAGUAACGUCCUGGGAGUAUUCUGAUUUAAGUUUAGAAGAAGUAAACCAGUUAUUGGAAGAAGCUGAGGCCGAUAUGACGAAAAGGAAAGCCUUGGUAAAAAGUGCUUGCGUAAAGCAUAAUAAGAGUGAACCUGGCGUUCGUUGGGAGAGAAAAUUGGUUUUUAAUGGUAACUAUUUCAAGAAACACGCGAACUUCUAUGUGGACAGAGAGCACAACUACACGUACUGCCCAGUGUACAAGGCAGGUUCUACUACUUGGUUUCAUCAAAUGCUCAUCAUGUCCGGGAAAUCGGAGGAAAAAAUAGAUAGAUUAAAACAACCAAUUGGCAAAGUGGCAAGAGCAUAUUUUCAACAUUCUGACGCUAGUGAAGUUGAAGAUGUGCUGAGAAAAACUGUAAAAUUGUUAAUUGUGCGCCACCCUUUUGAACGACUUUUGUCGGCCUACAGAGAUAAAUUGGAAAAUAGCACAGCUGGCCCAGAACAUGGAUCUUUCUUUUACUACCGACACUAUGGUUCAAAGAUGGUUAAACUAUACAGAAAUAAUAGUAGCGUCCGACAAGUUGAGCCAACGUUUAAAGAAUUCAUAUCUUACUUGAUUCACACUAGGGAAACAAGAUUUGAGCAGCACUGGGCUCCUUUCUAUAGCUCCUGCUUGCCGUGUGCCAUCGAUUAUGACAUCAUAGCUCACGCGGAAACCCUUAACAGGGAUCAGAUUUACAUAAUAAAAAAGCUACAUCUCGAAAGUCUUAUUAGCCCUCUAUGGAAACGCAUCACUUAUGGGCAGAGAUCAGUUGGCGAAACGGCAAAAAAAUAUUUUAAAGAACUUUCCAAGAGAGAAGUACAAUUGCUGUAUGAAAAAUUUAAAAUCGAUUUUGACCUUUUUGGAUAUAGCCCGGAUGCUUAUUUCAAUUACGCCAAAGCGCAAUAACAUUCGAAGGAAAUUGCCAAUGGCUCAUUAUUUAAUUUCUGUAUUAGGAAAAAAUAAAUCUGUUAAAAAUAUAAAACUUUCUGCGUUUCGUCAUGAAUUGAACUAACUUAAUAUUAGACAAAAAAAUUGCA